CGCCUCCACAUCCACUCUCCGCGCAUGCAAGCAUGAUCUGAACUGUGAAGCGCCUCUUCUUCGUAUCCGAUCGGACCUCCUCAACUACAUUUCCUCCCACAGCCCUCCGAUAUCGUUCCUCAUGGCCCGCUCUGCCAUUGUCCAAGAAUACGCCCCUCCGUCCUCCGCACCCACCUUCUCCGUCGACCGCAAAGUCACCCACGAGCGCCAACAAAAUGGCAUUUCUCGCCCCAAUGGAUAUCGCGUCUCCUGGCAUGCCAAUCCCGCCGUCGAACCACACCACUUUGGCCAGUCCCAUCCCAUGAAGCCAUGGCGUCUGACCCUCACAAAGCAGCUGGUCAUGGCCUACGGCAUGCACCAUGCGAUGGACCUCUACCUGGCGCGCGCAGCCACCUACGAAGAGCUGGCGGACUUCCACAAAUCAGACUAUCUCGAUUUCCUACAGCAAGUCGUUCCCGGCGAUAUGGAGAAUCCUGAACAAAGCGAGAACAUCGCGCGCUUCAACUUCGGUGACGAUUGCCCCAUCUUUGACGGCCUCUACAACUACUGCUCCCUCUACGCCGGCGGUACCAUCGACGCAGCCCGCAAGCUCUGCAACAACCAGUCGGAGAUCGCAGUCAACUGGUCCGGUGGUCUACAUCACGCCAAAAAGGCCGAAGCCAGCGGUUUCUGCUACAUCAACGACAUCGUCCUCGGCAUCCUGCAGCUCCUCCGCCUGCACCCGCGCGUCAUGUACAUCGACAUCGACGUCCACCACGGCGACGGCGUGGAACAAGCCUUCUGGUCCACUGACCGUGUCCUCACCGUCUCCUUCCACAAAUACGACAAGGACAACUUCUUCCCCGGCACCGGUGGCCUCGACAGCACGGGGCCCACCCAUCCCCUCAACCCGGGCGCCCACCACUCCGUCAACGUCCCCCUCCACGACGGCAUCGACGACGAAUCCUACAUCCAACUCUUCCGCGACGUCGUCGGCUCCUGCGUCGAAGUCUACCGACCGGGCGCCAUCGUCCUCCAAUGCGGUGCCGACUCCCUCGGCUGCGACCGUCUCGGCUGCUUCAACCUGAACGUCGCCGCCCACGGCGCCUGCGUCGCCUUCGUCAAAACUUUUAACCUCCCUCUCCUCGUCGUCGGUGGCGGUGGCUACACCCCACGCAACGUCUCCCGCGCCUGGGCUCACGAAACCUCCAUCCUCAUCGACGCCCAGGAUACCAUCGACCCUCACAUCCCCGAAACCGUCACCUUCCGCAACCACUUCGGCCCUGACUUCUCUCUCUUCCCGCCCCUCUCGGAAAUGCGCAAGCUCGAAAACAAGAACCCUCGCACUUAUCUCGCCGGCUUGCUCCAGUCCAUCCGCGAACAGCUUCGAUACAUCCAAGGUGCCCCGAGCGUGCAAAUGAGCUUCAUUCCUCCGGAUAUUCUCGGUCUUCGCGAAGACACGGAGAAGGAAAUCGAAGAAGAGACAGCCAUGAUGGAGGAGGAGCGCGAGGAACGAUCUGGUGGUGGUAGUUUAGGGAAAUCGAGUCGACGGAGGGAUUUGGAGAGAGGUGCUGGGCAGCGGGGGGAGCUUUUUUAAAACACCUCUUCCUCUUCAUGCCCACGUACACACUCUUUUCUUUAUUUAUUGUUGUGUCUGUCUCGCAUUUGAAUAUGUCUUUGGAGUUGGUGGGUUGGAAUCUAUUGGGCUGGAUGAUGGCGUUUUUUUCUACCUUGUCUAAAAUUCAUUUAAUUGCGUUGUUUAUACGUUUCUUCUUGGUGGAUGGUGGGCUUUGGUUGUGUGCUACUUAUAGAAAGUAUACACCUGUAUUAGAGGGGAGAAGGAGGAGGAGGAGUAGGUGGUGGUGGUGGUGUCAUGAUAUCCAUGUGUCUUGUAUGUUACAGGUGCU